CUCCGGUUUUUACGCCAUCUCUCGCUGAAAACAGGAAGACAUUUUGUAAGACGUUUUGAAGCCAGAAAACACAAACCGGGUUUCAGUUUGGACCGGGGUUAAUGUCAUACACGUCUGGAUGUAACGGCCUCGGGUUGCAUGUCCUAGUCCUGGCGCACAUUAGAAGGUGAGGACACAAGAAGUCUGUGUCUCUGAGCUGGACCCAAAAGGGGAAGUUUUGGGUGAGGCAGCCAAGAGACAUUUGGACUUGAGUGGACGAGCACAAACAAUUCAGGAUGGAAUAGACCCCCCUCUCUGCACUCCAUUUUGUCCCUUUCGCUGCCAGGGCCUCCCUCCGUCCCCCAGCCCCACCCCGUGGGCCCCUUGCUGUGGACUCUAUAAAAGUGCUGGUUCAGACCCAGCUUUGUGGCCAACAUGGACAGUCACAUAUUCCAGUCUUCCUACAGGAGGCGGUUCUCCCCCCAGGCCUCCAGCAGCAUGGCAGGGGUCCGCAUCGGAGGCCUCCCCGCCAGCCGCCUCUCCUGGCACGGGAGCCCCCGCGCCUUGGCCCGCUGCGGCCCCCCGCAGAGGAGCACCUUGCAGAGCCACGCCGAGAGACUGGACUUCUCGGCCGACUCGCUGCUGAAGGCCCACUUCAAGGAGACGCGCAGCAACGAGAAGGUGGAGAUGAUGGGGCUCAACGACCGCUUCGCCAGCUUCAUUGAGAAUGUGCGCGUGCUGGAGCAGCAGAACAAAGUCCUGGCGGCCGAGCUGGCCCAGCUGAGGGGGAAAGAGCCCGGCAGGGUGGGCGACAUCUACCAGACCCAGCUGAGGGAGCUGCGGGGCCAGGUGGACGACCUUGGCGCCGACAAGGCCCGUCUGGAAAUCGAGAGGGACAACAUGGCGGCGGACGUGUCCACGCUCAAGCACAGGUUGCAAGAUGAGAUGGGCCUACGACAAGACGCCGAGAAUAACCUCAGCGCCUUCAGACAGGACGUGGAUGAAGCGUCUCUAAACCGAGUGCAGCUGGAGAGGAAGGUGGAAGCCCUGCAGGACGAGAUGGACUUCCUGAAGAAGAUUCACGAGGAGGAGCUCCGUGAUCUGCAGGAGCACGUCAUGACCCAGCAGCUUCACGUGGACCUGGAUCUCUCCAAACCUGACCUGACUGCUGCUCUCAGGGACAUCCGAGUCCAGUACGAGACCAUGGCCUCGUCCAACAUGCAGGACACGGAGGAAUGGUACCGCUCGAAGUUUGCCGACCUGACAGAUGCAGCCAACAGGAGCGCUGAGGCCCUGCGCCAGGCCAAGCAGGAGGCCCAUGAGUACCGGCGACAGGUCCAAGUGGUCACCUGUGACCUGGAGGCGCUCCGUGGGACAAACGGGUCCCUGGAACGUCAGCUGCAGGAGCUGGAGGAGCGUUUCUCCGUGGAGACGUCGGGCUACCAGGACACGGCCUGCCGCCUGGAGGAGGAGGUGCGGGCCCUGAAGGAGGAGAUGGGCCGACACCUGCAGGAGUACCAGGAGCUCCUCAACGUCAAACUGGCCCUGGACAUCGAGAUCGCCACCUACAGGAAGCUGCUGGAAGGGGAGGAGAGCAGGAUCAUCAUGCCGGUCCAGAGCUUUUCUAACCUGCACUUACGAGAUGCUCUCCUGGACAACAGAAGCCCGGACCUCCACACGAAGAGGAGCAUCCUGGUCAGGACCGUGGACACCAGAGACGGAGAGAUCAUCAAGGAUCCCACCACUGAGCAUUAAUCUGUUUGGUUCUCCAUGACAAUAUCGGUACCUUUUUUUAUGAUUAUUGUUACAAAAAAUACAAAUUGUGGCCUACAAUUUAUUAUUUUCUCUACCAUCAGAAAUUAAUUGUUUUUUUCCCCCAUCACCAUGAUGACAUUUAGCGCUCUCAUCACCAAUUUUGUUGGAAUAAAAAAAUACAUUAAUUGAA